UUACAAUGAACCAAUUACGUUUGACCUAAAUUUGUAAGGUCAGGUGCGCUGCAGAAACUCGAAGCUGAACCAAGUUGUGACUAAUGAAAUAAACAGCUAUUCAUCAUGAGUGUGACUUCAGCUAAUCCAGCAACACCUUAUACCCGAGCAGAAUUUUUCAAUGCUUGUACCAGUGUUUUAGAGGGUCUGAAUUGUCUCCAGAGGCAACAGUCUGUCAUAGAUGAAAGGUCAUGGGAAGUGUUGAACCGUUUGGGGAAGAUGGUCAGUGACCUUCGACCUGAGGUCAAGCAGAAUAAAGAGUACUGGGUAGAUGGCCCACUGGUGAGAUUUUUGACUGCCAAUGUUUUGAAAGCAAAGAGUGUGCUACAAGAAAUGAAGAGAACAUGUAGCCAAAAGAGUGCAGCUAUCAACGGUCAAGAGUACAUUGAAAGACACCUAGUACAACAUGUUGAAGAUAUAAGAACCGCUCUUGAGGAACUUGAAACAUAUCACCAGCAAACCCUAUUCAGAACAGACACAGUGGGAAUUGAUAGUGGAGUAGGACUGAGAAUGAACACUGUUUCUAAAGGACCCACAGAGAUGACUUCUGGAGGAUUGACCAAAACCCCACCAGCUGAAAUAAGCUUAGAACCAAAAGGCUCAGAAACAUUCAUGAAAAAUGUAAAUGAUGCUAAGAUUGCCACAUCAGAUUCCUACCCAGGAACCAACUCACAUCCGGUGACCACAAUGUGGUCCUCGGGAACACACCACCCAGAGGCCAGCAAACCCGGUGUCUUUGAGCACAUCCAAGAAAUGACCAACAUCUACCCGGAGCAUGAUCCUAACUGGCCCAAGCGAGAUCAGAAACCCAACCUGCCUUUUGAAAGGACUCAACCGCCAUUAGUCUACCCCGGCAUCAGAAACAUGCAUAACUACGGCAACCUUCCUCAAUUCACCGGCAAGAACCUCCCAAUGCCGAAGAUACCCGACGGGGAGAUGGGACUGAGGGCUCCACAUGUAGCCCACUGGGACAGCACAAACCACUACACCUACUAACAAUGACAAGCAUACAAGAAUAGAACGAUACUUUUAAUCAAAUGCUGGGAACAUGUCUUAGUUUAGUGUGGUGUAUAUGUAUUUUUCUGGGAUUGAUGUUGGAUAGCACUCAGACAGCAAAAACCACUUCUUUGAAUAAAUACUGUCUAGUCAACGACCAUAGAACACUCUAUGAAAUGCCAGGAGAGAAGAAUACCUGAUAUUCAGUGGCAGUGCCCUGUACUACCCCACAAGGACCAUAAUACUUAUAGAGCUUCACAGACACCACUCUUCUGCUGCAGUUACACCAAGGAAACCGACUCAAAACCAACCAAUGGUAUGUCAUUGAAAAUAAUGUAACAGCUUUGGUCUGUCUGGAGUCGGAUUCACCGAUGUGACUGUGGCAUUAACCAGAUCCUGACCGGCCAAUAAUGAUAGAAUAACAGUCUUUAUUAAUCAAAUGCAUGGGGGAUUUUGCAGAACUUUAAUAUUUAGUAUUGGUGCACUGGGACUACACAUGUAAAGCACAAACCAUUACUCACUCUGAUGAUGGUCUAGUCAACAACUAAAGUGCACUCGUAAUCAAAUGCUGGAUAUAGUUGUAACUGAUAAUCAGUGCUAUAAUAGUUACAUCUUGACUCGGAUAAUUAUCACCUUGAGAACAUUUAUAUUUCACCGUUUUCAAGAUUGAAUUGAUGGAUCAGUAUGUAAAGUGUAUUAGUAUAUGCACAGCACAUGUUCGUCUAGCUGUGUAUAGUUGACCUACAGUUAUAUGUAAGGAAGUGUAAGGUUUUGGGGAUGCAUAUUUCUGCAUAUUUCCAGUCUUUCUUGGAGUCAUUCCCAACUUUACAAAUAUUUUGAUAAAAUCCAGAGAUGCCAGCACAUCAGGUUUUAACAUGUUCAUGAUUCUAUUGAAGACCAUUGUGUGAAACUAACUGGCAUGAUUGCAAAACUCAAAUGAAAUCUGAUCUAUACUUUCAGGAGCAAAUAAAUGUAUUAUUGUAGUGUGUUGUAAAUCAAUGUAUAGAAGCAAAGAGAAUGGGUAUACUUGUUGCCACACUGAGGCAUCUCUUUGGCAAAUUAUUAUCACCUUGAUUUCUAGAAAUCUAAAUUAUCAUAAACAAGAAUAAAAUUUUACUGUAUCAUUACUUGUACAUAAUAUUAUGGAUAUAUGUUUUAAAUUCACUGUGAAAAUACACUUUGAAAAGUAUGUAAAUGCAAAUGUUGUAGAUUUCCAAUAUUCUCAAAGAGAUGUGUAUGUAUGAAUAAAAUAUUUAGCUAUUUAAA